UAAAUGGCUGAAACCGCUCCAGCUGCCGCGCCGGCCAAAGCGCCCAAGAAGAAAUCCGCUGCAAAAGCUAAGAAAACGGGACCAAGCGUGGGUGACCUUAUCGUCAAAGCUGUUUCGGCUUCCAAGGAGAGGAGCGGCGUCUCUCUCGCUGCCCUGAAGAAAGCGCUCGCCGCCGGUGGCUACGACGUGGAGAAGAACAACUCCCGCGUCAAGAUCGCCAUCAAGAAUCUGGUGACUAAAGGCACUCUAGUCCAGACCAAAGGCACCGGCGCUUCCGGGUCUUUUAAACUCAACAAAAAGCAGGCAGAGACCAAGGCAAAACCAGCAAAGAAAGCCGCUCCUAAAGCAAAGAAGCCCGCAGCCAAGAAACCCGCCGCUGCCAAGAAGCCCAAGACUGCAGCGACAAAGAAGACCGCCGCUAAGAAAUCACCCAAGAAAGCAGCGAAGAAACCAGCCGCCACCGCCGCUAAAAAGGCAACAAAGAGCCCCAAGAAAGCAAAGAAGCCAGCAACUCCUAAGAAAGCAGCGAAGAGCCCCAAAAAAGCAAAGGCUGCUAAACCCAAGACGACAAAGCCCAAAGCAGCUAAGCCUAAAAAGGCAGCGCCCAAAAAGAAAUAA